UUAUUACCAACUUAGAAGCUGGCUCAGUAAUGGAUCUCAAUGCAAAGAAAUGGCCUGACGCUUCACUAGAUGAUGCAUCUUCUUAUUAUAAGGCCCCUUUUUCCAAUGUUGUAUACAUUGAGAACUCUGAUUUUCGGAUGAAAGAUUCUAAAGAUUACUAUGGGCUUGCCCCUGGCAAGUCAGUCCUAUUGAGAUACGCAUUUCCUAUAAAGUGCACAGAUGUAAUUCUUGGUGAUGAUAAAGAGACUGUUCUUGAGAUCCGGGCAGAGUAUGAUCCUUCCAAAAAGACAAACCAAAGGGGGUUCUUCAUUGGGUUUCGGAACAUUCUCCUGGGGUUUCGGAACAGUCUCCUGGGGUUCAGUCUUGCUUUUGGGUUCUCCCCCCUUGUGUAG